CCCUCUCCUCUCCCUCCCGCAGGUCACCGGGGCCCAGAGGACAGGAUGCUGCUGCCCCAGCGCGCCCCCUGGCGGGCGCUGUGGGCGGUGCUGCUCCUGGCCUGCGCGCCGCCCCCGCCGGCCGCGGGGUCCUGCCCGCGCCCCUGCUCCUGCUACGCGCCCACCGAGGUCCACUGCACCUUCCGCUCGCUGGCGGCCGUGCCCGCCGGCCUCCCCGCGGGCGUGGAGCGCGUCAACCUGGGGUUUAACAGCAUCCAGACCCUGUCGGACUCCGCCUUCGCCGGGCUGAAGAGGCUGGAGCUGCUCAUGGUCCAUGGAAACAACAUUCCCAGCAUCCCUGACGGCGCCCUCCGAGACCUCAGCGCCCUGCAGGUCCUCAAGUUCAGCUACAACAAACUGCGGGUGCUGACGGCCCACACCCUGCGCGGCCUGAGGGGCCUCGUGCGGCUGCACCUGGACCACAACGAGCUGGAGUUUCUGCACCCCCACGCCCUCCUCGGCCUGCGGUCCCUCCGCCUGCUGCAGCUCGAGGGAAACCGGCUGUCCCAGCUGCACCCUGCCGCCUUCGCCACCGUCCGGCCGCUCGGCCAGUUCCCGCUGUCCGGCGUCCGGCACCUGUACCUGGCCGACAACCGGCUGCGCCGGCUGCCCGAGGGGCUGCUGGGGGCCAUGCCGCUGCUGGAGAACGUGUUUCUGCAGGGCAACCCCUGGGCCUGCGACUGCGACAUGGGCUGGCUGCCCGGCUGGGCGGCCAGGGCUCCCGGCAUCCUCAAGUGCAAGAAGGACAAGGCCUAUGAGGGCGGCCAGCUCUGCGCGGCCUGCUCCAGCCCCCGCGCGCUCCUCGGCCGCGAGCUCCAGUCCCUCCGGGACAUCCCCUGCGCCCGGCCCUCCAUCGAAUCCCCGCUGAGGCCCAACACGACCGGCAGUGGCAGCAGCAACAGCGUCGUCUUCGACGAGGAAGAAGAAGAAGGAGACUCGGACGAAGACGCAGACGCCGACAGCCCUCUCCCUGCGGCCGCCCUCCCGUCCCCGCCCUGGACGGUCGCCUUCAACAUGACGGACGAACACGGCAACACGGUGAGUCUGGCCUGUGGCGUCCGGCAGCCGCCGCGCCUGGACGCCGUGCGGCUGAACCAGACGGAGUCCCAGGAAACGGAGGUCAACGCCACCCUCGCCCUGGAGCUCUCCUGCCCCAUGACCCGGGACAAGUACGAGAAGCUGUGGAAGCUCAUCGCCUACUACAGCGAGGUGCCCGUCACCCUGAACCGGGAGGUUGCUGAUGCCGAUGAGCCCACCGACGGCCGUGACACCCCUGGGGGGGCGGCCGCCUCCUACAGACAAGACGCCGACGCGGACGCACUGUACUACACGGGCGUCCGCGCCCGCGUGCUGGCCACGCCUGCCUGGAUCCUCCAGCCGUCCGUCUGCCUGCAGCUCAAUCGCCGCCAGAGCACGUCGCAGAGGGUCCUGCUGUCGUACCGGUCGCCGUUGGCCUGGUCGACUGCCAGCAGCGAGGAGGACACCGGCAGGGCCCGCGGCCGGAGCUGGGUCAUGAUCGAGCCGGACCCGGACGCCCCGAGGGCCCUCGCCGUCCUCGAAGGCUCGCCGUGCGAGCUGGGGUGCCGUGUGCGGGCGUCGGAGAGCCCGUCUAUGGCCUGGGUUCUCCCGGACGGCUCGGUGUUAUCGGCAUCCGCCCGCACGGACGGCAGAUUCUCCAUGCUGACGGGAGGCGGGCUGAGGAUCGGGGCGGCCGCGCGCGCGGACACGGGGCUGUACCGGUGCCUGGCCGCGGUCCCGGACGACACGGCCAGCCUGGCCUUCCGGGUCGUGGUGGUGCCUCGGACGGCACAGCCCCCCGAGGAAGGACGGGCGGCGAGCGUCCCCAAGAAUCCGGGCGAACCCCUGAUGCUGCCCUGCCGGGCGCUGGCCGUGCCCGAGGCCCAGCUCACCUGGAUCCUUCCCAACCAGAGGAUGGUCCACGCCUUGGCCAACACCUCCAGGGCCUACGUCCUGGCCAACGGGACCCUCUCCAUCCCUGAGGUGCAGGCCGGGGACGGAGGCUUCUACCGGUGCAUCGCCGUCAACCAGCAGGGGGCAGACCAGCUCACGGUGGGCGUCGCGGUCAGCAGGAGAGGGCCGGGGGGCAGGGCGUCCAAACGGGGACGGCGGCCCGGCUGGUCCCGGCCCAGAGGGGGCAUCGUGGAAGACGAAGGAGGCUCGGGCAUCGGCCCCCCCGGAGACACUCCGUCGAGGAGGGUCCCGCACACCAAGGAGCAGAAGGGGCGCCGGAAGCCGAAAUCCUGGAGGCACCCCGAGAAGGAGCCGGAGGCAGAGAGCCGGGUCGCCGAGGGCCGCCGCGGGUUCGAGUCCAGGCGGAGGGUCCACGUGGCCAGCAAGCAGAUCAACCCGGACCACUGGGCCCACAUCCUGGCCCGGGUCCGAGGGAGGAACCCCUCCAGGGACGGGGGGACGGUGGAGACCGCCACGGCGCCCGCCGAGACCACCGACAACGCCACGCCCGUCCGUCCUGUCCCUCCUCCUCCCUCCGCGUCCCCCGCAGCCCACAGGACAGCCGGCCCUGACGAGGAAUUCUCGGCAGACGCUCUGUUCGUGGGGGAGGAAGACCCCGUAUCCGGGCCUGGAGUCCUGACAACAGAAGCCGGAGCCACCAGCUCCGAUCUCACCGGCUCCGAUCGACGGGAAUCCAUUGACGACGAUGACGACGAGGAGUUUUCUGAAAACACACAGGGUCUACCUCCGUGGGCCGUGGCCACCCCAGGGCCAUCGGAGGUGCCUUACAAGUCUUCGACGCCCCAGAUCCUGGGCCCGACCGACGAGGAAUCCGUCAGCGAUCACAUGCCCACCGACAGCUGGUCUACUCCAGCCAUGGACAACUGGUCUACUCCAGCCAUGGACAACUGGUCUACCCAACCCAUGGACAACUGGUCUACCCAACCAAUGGACAACUGGUCUACCCAACCCAUGGACAACUGGUCUACCCAACCCACCAUGGACAACUGGUCUACCCGACCCAUGGACAACUGGUCUACUCAGCCCAUGGAUAACUGGUCUACCCGACCCAUGGACAAUUGGUCUACCCGACCCAUGGACAACUGGUCUACCCAACCCAUGGACAACUGGUCGACCCAAGUUGGCCCCACCAUCGCCAUGGAAGACCGGUCGAUGACGGCGGCAGACGUUGGGCCUGUGCCCGAGCCAACAUCUCGUGAGAGCAUGUCCCCCUCGGCUGCCAUCUCCGUGGGCCCGUCGGACUCCCAAUGGGAGACCCGUUCAGCAUCGGAUGAGGACAAGAAGGAAGGACAGGCCUCCCGAGGCGUCGCCCCAACGCCCGCCUUGUCCGCGGUGGACCCCUGGGCCGGAAAAGGCUCAGAGGAGGACCCUCGGAAGCUUCCGGAAGGAGUCACGCCGGGGAGAGCGCCCCCAAGCUCCCGAGGAUCCACAAUGGAGCGUUUCGGCGUGGAAUCCACCCCGUUGCUUGGUUUUCUCGCUGAGAACCAAGUGGGUCCCGUGGCGCCCGCCACGUUCACUCCCCCUCCCCGGAAACGGCCCCACGGUGGGGGGAGGAGGCGGCCACGGCCCCACCGCGCCCGACAGCGCCACAAGGCGACGCGUACGCCCACCACCAUGUCCGCCCCGACGGGGGCCUUCUCCCCUGGAGUCAUUCAAGACCCCGAAGCCGUGACCCCCGGGCGAGGGGACGGGUGGUCGGCGCCCACCUCUUGGGGGCAGCCUACGGCGGGGACCCCCAAACAGGUGAGUGUGGAGACGCCUGCGGAGCCCGCGACCAAGGGGACCCCACGGAGAAAGCACGGCAGGAGGCCGAACAAACACAGGCACAGCACCUCCACGGUGGGCACUCCAGAGAAGACGCCGACGGAUACAGCCACUGCUCCCCAUCCGGGCACGGCCCUGGUGCCCGCCACCUUCUCCCUGGGAAUCGGGGGCCCCCAUGAGGCCAUGACAGCAGCAGCAGCAGCAGCAGCUUCUAGCACCACCACCACCCCCAACACACACACAUCUCGUGGUGCACCCCAAGAUGCAGCGCUGGCCACGUCCACGCCCGCGUCCGAGGAGAGAGAGACGGAGACUUCCGAUGACUCCGACAUGCGUGACGCCACCCGUGAGCCCGUCACCCGUGUCCCGGCACCGCCCGGGUUCGAGACCUCCACCGUGAGAGACACGAAGAACGCAUUCUUAACGUCGAGCUUUCCGGGAACGGAAAACGGGGGUCGGCCGAGGACGGCCCAGCCCGGGGGUCUGCAGACGGACGCCCCCGCCACCCACUCUUUGGAGACCCCAACGCACGCGUCACCCUCUCCCCAAGAGUCGGGGGACCCGGGUUUGCCCUCGGAGGCCCCCCCGUCAGUGUCCGUGACGCGCUCUAUGCAAGAAGGCGUGGUUGCUUCGUCUGCAUGGAGCGCGGGUGUAGACACAGCUGCUCGUCGGGAUGGAUCCACCACCCGUGGUGGGGGUCCUGGUGUCCUCACGCCAGCCCCGUUCCCAGCCACCCGUCCCAUGACUGUGCAUCCCACCACCACGGAUACCGUCUACCGCCCGUCAAGCCCGCCACCUCCUCCAGUGUCCACGGAUUCCUCCAACCUCGUGGGGGUCCCCAGAACCCAAACGGAGGAGAAGGAGGAGGAGGAGAAGGAGAAGGAGAAGGGGGAAGAGAAGGAGAAGAAGGAGGAGGAGGAGGAGGAGGAGGAGAUGGAGGAGGAGGAGGAGAAGAAGAAGGAGAAGAAGGAGGAGGAGGAGAAGGAGGAGGAGGAGGAGGAGAUGGAGGAGAAGAAGAUGGAGAUGGAGGAGGAGGAGAAGGAGAAGGAGGAGAAGAUGACACAGCCAACAUGGUGGCCAGUACAUGCCCCAACCACCCCAUCUCCCAGGACAGACGCCGCUCCCGUCACUCCAAGCCGGGAGGUCACUGGGAAGGCCGAGAAGACCACACACAUCCUUCUACGCAGCCCCGAUGGUCCCCACCACCACCACCCCCUUCUCCCAACCCAGCCGGCCGGCGUCUCCGGCCCGCCCGUCCCUCCGAGGGGGACCUGGAGACCUCCCGCAUGGACCACACGGAGCCCCUUCCGAUCCCCCACGACCGUCCAUCCUCCUCGUCACCACGGAACCAGCAGGCUGAGCAUCGUGACGUCCCCGUGGCACGUCCUACGGGACCGCACGCUCUCGGCCUCGACGACGACGACGACGACGACGACGGUGGCAAUGCCGAGACCGACCCCUUCCAGCCUGGCCAUGGGCCACGGAACGAACCCAACCACCCGUCACGGCCGCACACAGGCGCUCGGCUCCAACAGCCUCCCCGACGUCAGACCCCCUCACCCGUCCAGCGGGAGGUCCUCGUUCUUGCUCAACAGGGCCUUCCCGUGGCCACCGUCGGCCGUGACCCCCAAGACCCAGACCCCGGCCCCUCCCACCCCAGGGACCCGGGCGCGAGCCGUCCACCCGUUUGCCAGCGACCGUCGCAUCCGCACUCAGACCGUCAUCUCCCACGUGGACUUGGGGCCCCCGGCCCCGCCGGCCCCUCCGUCUCCGCCACCGCCGUCCUCCACCCGCCCUGUCCCCUUCAUGACAGCACCCCCCAGGCCGCCUUCCGGAACCUUCCGUCCGGGCGGGGCCAGGGUCUUCUCGGCAGCGGGAGGGCCGCCGGCUGCGUCUAAGCUCUGGGCAGCUGGGGAGGCGCCGAGGAUCAUCAGCAAGUCGCCCCCGACCGUGACCGUCACGGCCGAGGCGGACGCUGCAAUUCCAUGCGAGGUCACAGGGAGGCCAGAGCCCUUUAUAACCUGGACCAAGGUCUCCACCGGCGCCCUGCUGACCCCCAAUACCCGCGUCCAGCGCUUCCAAGUCCUCAAAAACGGCACUUUUCUCAUCCACCGUGCCCAGCCCCAGGACCGGGGCCAGUACGUGUGCACUGCCCAGAAUCUGCAUGGCGCCGACCGGCACUCCGUCCUGCUGUCCGUGUCCACCCAGCUCCCCCAGAUCCUGCCGGCCUCCCCGUCCCAAUCCCAUACCCAGUACCAGGACAUCACCGUGUCCCUGGGGGACACCAUCUCCAUGGAGUGCCUGGCCCGGGGCACCCCCCUGCCACAGAUCUCCUGGAUCUUUCCCGAUCGCCGUGUCUGGCUCCAGGCGUCCCCCGUGGAGAGCCGGGUGACCGUCCACCCAAACCGGACCCUGUCCAUCAAGGAGGCGUCCUUCUCCGAUCAGGGCGUGUACCGGUGCGUGGCCAGCAACGCCGGGGGCGCCGACAGCCUGGCCAUCCGUCUGCACGUGACCGCACUGCCCCCCGUGAUCCAGCAGGAGGCGACGGAGAACAUCACUCUGGCCCCCGGGCUGAGCGUCCACAUCCACUGCGCGGCCAAGGGGGCGCCGGCCCCCGCCGUGCGCUGGCUGCUGCCCCCCGACGGCACCCCGAUCCGGCCCUCGCAGUUCCUCCGGGGGAAGCUGUUCCUGUUCCCCAACGGGACCCUCUACAUCAGGAACCUGGCCCCCAAGGACUCCGGCCGGUACCAGUGCGUGGCCGCCAACCUGGUGGGCUCCGCCCGCCGGGAGGUGGCGGUGACCGUGAGGGCCCCCGGGGCGGCCGCCAACGCCCGCAUCACGGGCAGCUCCCCGCGCAGGACGGACGUGCGCUUCGGGGGGACCCUGCGGCUGGACUGCAGCGCGUCCGGCGAGCCCUGGCCACGUGUGCUGUGGAGGCUGCCCUCCAAGCAGAUGGUGGACGGAGUCUUCAGCCUGGACCCCCGCGUCCGUGUCCUGGCCAACGGCACCCUCGUGGUCCACGCCGUCACCGAGCGGGACGCGGGCGACUACCUGUGUGUGGCCCGCAACAAGGCCGGCGAUGACUUUGUGGUCCUGGGCGUCAACGUGGUCACACGGCCGGCCAGGAUCGAGCAGAAGGACGCCGGCCACCACCAUCCCCACCACCACCAGCAUUCCCACCACCAGCACCACCGUGUCCCGUACGGCGGCGACCUCCGUGUGGACUGCGUGGCCUCGGGCCUCCCGGACCCCGAGAUCUCCUGGAGCCUGCCGGACGGGAGCCUGGUGCACCCCUUCGUGCAGUCGGACGGCGGCGACGGCGUCAUCAACGGCGUUGGCGGUGGGGCACGGUCCAAGCGUUACGUGGUGUUCCACAACGGGACCCUGUUCUUCAACGAGGUCGGCCUCCGCGAGGAGGGGGACUACACCUGUGUCGCCGAGAACAGGGCGGGCAAGGAUGCCAUGACCGUGCGGGUCAAGGUGGUGACAGCGCCCCCUGUCAUCCGGAACAAGACGCACGCCGUCCUGCGGGUGCCUUACGGCGACACGGCGUCACUUGCCUGUGAGGCCAAGGGCGAGCCGCCGCCCAGGAUCACCUGGCUGUCGCCCGCCAACAAGCUCAUCCCGAGCGGCCCCGCAGACAAGUCCCACGGCGGCCCCGCAGACAAGUCCCACGGCGGCCCCGCAGACAAGUCCCACGGCGGCCCCGCAGACAAGUCCCACGGCGGCCCCGCAGACAAGUACCAGGUCUACCAAGAUGGCACGCUGCUCAUCCAGAAGGCCCAGAGAGCCGACAGCGGCAACUACACCUGCGUGGCCCGCAACACAGCCGGGGAGGACCGCAAGUCGGUGUGGGUCCAGGUCCACGUUCGGGCGCCCACCAUCAACGGCCACGCGGACCCCGUGGCCACGGCGAGCGAGGCCGGCCUGGUGGGCAGCCGGAAACUCAUCGACUGCCUCGCCCGGGGCGUCCCCGCGCCCAGAGUCCUGUGGGCCUUCCCCGAGGGCGUCGUCCUGCCCGCCCCGUAUUUCGGGAACCGGGUGACCAUCCACCGCAACGGGACGCUGGACAUCCGCAGCCUCAGGAGCAGUGACGCCGUCCGGCUGGCCUGCAUCGCGCGCAACGAGGGCGGCGAGGCCCGGAUGACGGUGCAGCUCGCCGUCCUGGAGCCCCCGACGUUCCACGACCCUGCGGACGAGACCAUCACGGCCGCGGCCGGCCACACCAUCAGCCUCAACUGCUCGGCGUCCGGCGUCCCGGCCCCCACGCUCCAGUGGGCGCUGCCCAACGGGACGCAGCUCCCCGGGGGCUGGCAGCUGCAGCGGUUUUUCCACAAGCAGGACGGCAUGCUGCACAUCGCCGGGCUGGCGGCGGCCGACGCCGGCGCCUACCGGUGCGUGGCCAGCAACGCGGCCGGCCGGGCCGAGCGGCGGGUGUCCCUGCGGGUGGGCCUCGGCGCGCCGGACGCCAAGCAGCAACAGUAUCGCAACCUGGUGAGCAUCGUGCACGGGGAGACGCUGGAGCUGAAGUGCUUGCCCCCGGGGCCGCGUCCGGCCGCGUCCGGGGGCCACCCAGCGCGCGUCUCCUGGACGCUGCCCAGUGGCGUGUCCCUCCGGGGGCCGCAGACGAGAGGCCGUGUCUCCGCGCGGGAGAACGGUUCGCUCAUCGUGCGGGAGGCGUCCGUGUACGACCGUGGCACGUACGUGUGCAGGAGGACGGGAAACGGCGAGGACGGCGCGUCCGCGGUCAGCUUCCCGGUCAUCGUCAUCGCCUACCCGCCCCGCAUCACCAGCCAGCCGGCGCCGGUGACGUACGCGCGGCCGGGGACCGCCGUGCGCAUGGACUGCGUGGCCGUGGGGCUCCCCAAGGCCCAGAUCACCUGGGAGCUCCCCGACGGGUCCCAGCUGGCCGCAGGGACGCAGGCCCGGAUGUAUGGACACAGAUUCCUGCACCCACAGGGGUCCCUCACCCUCCAGCAGGUCGCCCCGAGAGACAGGGGGUUCUACAAGUGCACGGCCAAAAACGUGCUGGGCACAGACUCCAAGACCACCUACGUCCACGUCUACUGAGGCAUGGACUAGUAUAGGGCAAUGGGUCUUGUGGACAGAAGGAUUGUCCCUGGCUCGAUUCCUUCUCGGUCAAGGGUGAUUGAAGGCACAUGCCCGGGUGGCAGGCUCUCAUCCCCAGGGGGGGAGACGUGCAGGAGGCAGCCGAUCCAUGGUUCUCUCUCAUCGCUGAUGUUUCUCUCUCUC